AUGAACCCCAUGGCGCUCUCUUUCUCUCUCGCUCUUCUCCCUUUCUGCUGUGUCCAGAUGGGAUGCAUCUUUGGUUACCGUUACACAUGCCUUGCUCCCACGCGCCCUACCGUAUCUAGAUUGCUUCGUACAUGCACGCCAGAGGCUUUGGUCAGCCUACCUACCAGAAUGCUACCCCUUGUGGCCGAGUCUGGAGCCAGUCUCUGGGCCAAUGGCAAAUUUCAUGUUUCAUCACCGCGAAAAUGCACGCCCGCCUCGGCACGUGAGGCCGACGAGCCCUUUGGUGCAAGGCAUCAUCCGCCGAAACCCACCUGGGAGGUACCCAGUCCGGUUGAACCUUGCUCUUAG